AUGUCGUCCGCCACGUCUACUUCAUUUCGCUGCGUUGAGCACGUUGUGCCCUGUCAGUAUAUGCGGGAAUACGUUGCUGCGACCGCGAGCGAGGAAGAUGUUCUUUCUUUGGCCGUUAAGCAAUACAUUCCUCUUGACAAUCCAAGUCCACAUGCGGGGGAUGUGACCAUUCUGGCGGCGCAUGCCAACAGCUUACCAAAGGAAACGUACGAGCCAUUGUGGGAAGAGAUAUACAGCCGUUGGAAAGCCAGUGGAAUCCGCAUUCGGGGAGUCUGGAUGGCUGACGCCGCGCACCAGGGACGGAGUGGCGUUCUAAAUGAGGCAAUGCUUGGAAAUGAUCCGAGUUGGUUUGAUCAUCCCCGGGAUCUACUGCAUUUGGUGAAUCUGAAACAUGCGGAGAUGCCGCAACCUAUUGUUGGAAUUGGACACAGCAUGGGAGGGGCGCAUUUGAUUAGUCUCAGCCUGAUCCACCCGCGCCUGCUCUAUAGCCUCGUGCUACUGGAUCCCAUCAUCCAGCGCCAGGUAACCGAGUUAGACGACGGUGGAAGGUUUGACAACAAACGUACCAUCCGAGAGACCACGCAACUGUCUACAUAUCGGCGUGAUCGAUGGCCGUCUCGACAGGUCGCAGCCGAGGCAUUCAAUCACUCGUCAUUCUAUCAGAGCUGGGACCCUCGCGCAAUGGAGAGAUGGGUCCAAUAUGGACUUCGAGAUCUCCCAACGGCAAUUCAUCCACUGGGCAAGCGAGAGUUGAAGGCGCGAGGAGGACAAGGGCGUCCAGUCACUCUCACCACCACUAGACACCAAGAGGUUUUCACCUUCUCGCGACCUCUCUAUGACGAGACCGAUCAGCCCGGCACGCGGGUCACUCAUCCCGACGUGGACCCGUUGUUGCUGAGCGACUUCCCCUUUUACCGCCCGGAGCUCUCCCGAAUCUUUGAGCAGCUUCCUCAUCUUCGACCCAGCACCUUGUAUGUGUUUGGCGGUCGAUGCAUGAUGUGCCAGCCCGAACUACGGGCAGACGAAUUGAGGAUGACAGGAACUGGAGUCGGCGGCAGCGGUGGUGUGCCUGCAGGGCGAGUUCGUCAAGUUGUGCUACCACCCUUUGGGCAUCUGUUAGCACAGGAAGCCGCCAACGAGUGUGCAGAUUCGAUUGUGGAUUGGCUUGGGCCGGAGCUGCAGAGAUGGCAGGAAGAAAACCACCAAUUUCGGGCAGCAUGGAAGAAAAAAGGCAAGGUGGAGAGGAUGACGGUGGACGAGCUAUGGAAGAAGCACGUCCCUCCUCUGAGACCAACAUCAGUUGAAACAAGUGCCAAGUUAUAA